UCGGUUCACGAACAUAUGAUUUUGCGUUUUGGCCACAAUCUUUGCCAGCAGCAAUAAAAGGGUUGAAACAUUUUGCAGUGCAGCGGAAAAGAUUAAUAAAUUGCAAACAUGGCCAUUCGAUUGACGCAAAGAUUGCUGCAGACCCAGGCGCCGUUCCUUACCCGCGGUUAUCCGCUGCUCGUGACCAAGGAGAAGACAGAGGAUGUGGCUCACACGAAAUCGGCUCUGCAAAAGAAAUUAACGGGAACUGACAUACCCUCGGCCCAGUAUGGUGGCCGCCAUGGUGUAACCAUGCUGCCGGGCGGCGGCAUCGGUCCCGAGCUGAUGGGAUAUGUGCGUGAAAUCUUUCGUUAUUGCGGAGCACCCAUUGACUUUGAGGUGAUUGACAUUGAUCCAUCCACUGAGGGCAACGAAGAUUUGGAGUAUGCCAUCACAUCGAUUAAACGCAACGGUGUCGCUCUCAAGGGCAACAUUGAAACUAAAUCGCAGAGUCUAAGCGAAGUCUCCCGCAACGUGGCCAUUCGUAAUGAGCUGGAUCUCUAUGUGAAUGUGGUGCAUUGCAAAUCUUAUCCGGGAAUUCCAGCCCGCCACAAGGACAUCGACAUUGUGCUCAUCCGUCAGAACACCGAUGGCGAGUACGCGAUGUUGGAGCACGAAUCGGUGCGCGGUGUCGUCGAGAGUAUGAAGGUGGUAACCGUGGAGAACGCGGAGCGAGUGGCACGCUAUGCCUUCGAAUAUGCGCGUCAGAAUAAUCGCAAGCGUGUAACGACCAUACACAAGGCAAACAUCAUGAAGCUGUCCGAUGGCCUGUUCUUGGAGGUGGCGAAUCGUGUACAUAAGGAUUAUCCCGAGCUGGAGCACAACAACAUGAUCAUUGACAACACCUGCAUGCAAGCUGUUUCCAAUCCACACCAGUUCGAUGUGAUGAACAUGACCAAUUUAUAUGGCACAAUUGUGUCGAAUGUGAUUUGUGGUCUGAUCGGUGGAGCCGGUCUUAUUUCAGGACGCAAUUAUGGUGAUCACUAUGCCAUCUUCGAGCCCGGUACCCGUAACACAGGCACAGCCAUUGCUGGCAAGAAUAUUGCCAAUCCGGUGGCCAUGAUAAAUGCCAGCAUUGACAUGUUGAACCAUCUGGGACACAACGAGCACGCCAAGGUCAUCUAUGAUGCUACAUACCAAACCAUUGUUAACGAUGCCAUUCGUACCCCAGAUCUGGGCGGCAAUCACUCCAGUACCGAUGUGGUUGAGAACAUACUUAAGAUUUUGAGUGCCAAGCGUGUGAAUUGGCCACAUGGGAACUAUUUCAACCAGUCUUAGGCAAAGCAAAAUCAGAGCCUUACUAAACCAAAAGAAAAAAAACAGCAAAACAAAGAAAAACUCCUAUCAAAUUAUAUUAACACACAACUAAGCCAAUCAGAGUCAAAGUGUUAGAUUCCCCCAACAACAAGCCAAAAUGCAUAACAUGUUUAUUGUGAUGUCAAGAACCAAUUUGAAACCUAUCAGUUUAUUUAUAAGCUGGUCAAAAUUAUGCGCUGCUUUACCAAAAAAAAAAAACAAUUAUAUAUAUUCUCCCUCUGCCCCGGCUAAAUGUUAUAUGUUCUGUGCACACUUCUGAUGUCCAAAGUUUUGAAUCACAGAUUUCUUGCCUGGUCCCUAUGAAUGCUUUGAACUCUUGACCUACUUUGACUUUACUUCUUAUCCCAUUAGAUAUCCAUAAAUCCUAAGACAAAAAAAAGAUAAAAUUACUCAUUCGUUAAAUCAGAAUUAAGUACAAUGUCUCCUCAGAUCAAGAAUUUUUAUGUUCAAAUGAAGCAAUAAACAAUAGAAUUGUAAAUUGAUUUUCAAACGAUUGUAAAACUAAAACUGAAUUCAAACAAAA